AUGGACCUGCCUCCGCAGCUCUCCUUCGGCCUCUACGUGGCCGCCUUUGCGCUGGGCUUCCCACUCAACGUCCUGGCCAUUGGGGGCGCCGUGUCGCAUGCCCGCCUCCGCCUCACCCCCAGCCUCGUCUAUGCCCUCCACCUGGGCUGCUCUGACCUCCUGCUGGCAGCCUCUCUGCCCCUGAAGGCGGUGGAGGCCCUGGCCUUGGGCGCUUGGCCUCUGCCGGCCCCGCUCUGUCCAGCCUUUGCCCUGGCCCACUUUGCUCCACUCUAUGCCAGCGGGGGCUUCCUGGCUGCCCUGAGCGUCGGCCGCUACCUGGGGGCUGCCUUCCCCUUGGGCUACCAAGCUGCCCGGAGGCCGCGGUACUCCUGGGCUGUGUGUGCGGCCAUAUGGGCCCUUGUCCUCUGUUACCUGGGGGUGGUCUUUGGGUUGGAGGCUCCAGGAGGCUGGAUGGACAAUACCAACAAUUCCCUGGGCAUCAACACACCAGUCAACGGCUCUCCAGUCUGCCUGGAGGCCUGGGACCCGGCCUCAGCGGGCCCUGCUCGCCUCGGCUUUUCUCUCCUGCUCUUCUUCCUCCCCCUGACCAUUACAGCCUUCUGCUACGUGGGCUGCCUCCGGGCACUGGCCCGGUCGGGCCUGAGCCACAGACGGAAGCUAAGGGCAGCCUGGGUGGCCGGCGGGGCUCUGCUCACACUGCUGCUCUGCUUAGGCCCUUACAACGCCUCCAAUGUGGCUGGCUUCCUGCACCCCGACAUGGGGGGCUGUUGGCGGAAACUGGGGCUCAUCACAGGGGCUUGGAGCGUGGUGCUCAACCCGUUGGUGACCGGCUACUUGGGAGGGGGUACUGGCCGGGUGACAAGUGUGGCAAGAACGAAGGGAGGGACAUCCCAGAAGCAGUAG